AUUUGAGAAAUUGAAAAAAUUCAUCGAUCAUCAUCCUCGUCGCCAUGUCUCGUCAUCAUCGCGCCAAUGGUCAUGCAACUGCCACUGCCGCUGCUUCAACAGCCGAUGCUAUACGCCUGAAGAAACAGGAAAAUGAACUCGUCGAUGUGGCAGCGAACAGUGUGUACACCUUCGAGGCUCUCGAAGAGUCUGCGAAUUACCUUUUGGAGCGGACAUCAAUCAGGCCGAAAAUCGCUGUGAUCUGCGGUUCGGGAAUGGGUUCAUUGGCCGAUGCACUCACCGAUAAAGUUUGCUUUGCCUACGAGUCCAUUCCACAUUUUCCCGUGUCAACUGUCCCCGGUCACAUGGGUCAACUCGUCUUCGGAUUCCUUAGGGGUGUUCCGAUAAUGUGCAUGCAGGGGAGGUUUCACUACUACGAGGGAUAUCCACUCUGGAAGUGCUCGAUGCCCGUUCGCGUGAUGAAGCUGGUAGGAGCGAGCCACCUGAUAGCGACGAACGCGGCGGGAGGUCUGAACCCGAAUUACAAAAUUGGGGACAUCAUGAUGGUGCGUGAUCACGUAAACAUGAUGGGCUUCGCGGGAAACAACCCCCUGCAGGGACCGAACGACGACAGGUUCGGCCCUCGUUUCCCGCCGAUGAACAGAGCCUACAACUUGAAGCUACUUGAAGCUGGGCAAAACAUCGCCGAGCAGAUGGGGAUAUCCGACAUCGUCCAUAAGGGAGUAUACACGUGCCUUGGUGGACCGAACUUUGAGACCGUUGCUGAACUUAAGAUGCUAAGGAUGGUUGGCGUCGACGCAGUCGGUAUGUCGACGGUUCACGAGGUGAUAAUGGCCCGACACUGCGACAUGACGGUCUUCGCCUUCAGUCUGAUAACGAACAAGUCGCCAACGGACUACGAGGAGAACCACGAGGCGAAUCACGAGGAGGUGAUGGACGUUGGAAAGUCUCGUCAACCGCUCCUCCAGGAAUUCGUCUCGCGAAUGGUUGUCCACGUGGCGAAGGAGUUCAGCUUGGAUGGCAAAUGAGCCCUGCAGGCCGUCCUCCCGACUUCCUCAUGCUCAUCCACCCGGUGCCAAGGGACCGCCGAUAUCCAGGGUCAAUUCCUCCGAGUGUGACAUCUCAUACGCCGGAAGUACCCUCACCCGGAAAAUUCUGCAGGGAUGGAUAUUGGCGGAAUAUUUAACCCUUCCUCUGGGAAACUGUUUGUAGCCACAUGAUCUAGGCGUCCGUAAAUAGUUAUGAGAAUUU